GCUCUGAUUAAACCGGUCCAGGUGUUAACCCCGUGUUGAGUCAAAGGUGCGGUUUUUGAGCUCCAAAACGAGCAGAGGACGCUCUGACCGCCCUGGGUUUUCCUCUGGCUGGAUUCGUCUUUUAUCCAGAGUCAGCUCUAUCUCUCCACCACCCCGGCGUUUAAGUGCUCCUCACUUUAACAAAAUCCACCUGUACAUGCCAUGAACGACACUUUCUAUGUAUUCUGGAUAAGAAUUCAUUCCCUUCCGUUCUCUACAUUUAUUUCCUAACACUCUCUUCCCCUGCAUUCUCUAACCGAAAGCCCUAAGACGACGCCGUUGGGGUCUUCUUUCUCGGCAGGCAUUUCACUUGCGCCCUUAGAUUCACUCCCUCGCAAGCAAGCAAGCUUCAUACACCUCCGCCGUUCCUCUAAGAACCGUUUUCGUGUAAAAUAUAUAACGUAGUAUAUAAUAUUACAUUCAGACUGAAGAACCAAUAUAAGCGAGAUGGAGGGGGAUAAAGAAACGUUGGAACAGGAUUCUCCCAAAGGUUCCGAUAUCGACCUUGUUGAUGCGAGUGUUCAACGCCAGGAGCAUCCUACUACUAUCUCAAAGGAGGACGAUCAAAAUCAAAACCCUAGUAGUGAAAAUGGGAAAUCGGGGACCAAUGAGGAGGAUAAGAGUCUCGUAUCGCCGGCUGAAGAUCAGGUUAUGCUUGAUGCUCAUGAUGAUAAGGCUGCCGUUGAUGAUGGAAAAAUCGAUGGUGCUGCUGAUGUUAAGGUUAAUGAAAAACCGCUAGAAAGUAAAAGCAAUGGUACCGAUGGCCGCAUUGAAAUUCAUCUUGAAGCUCCGACAACUCUUGAUGCUGUGGGGUAUUCGACCCCGGUAGCUCAAAAUAAGAAUGUAUGGUUGAGUGAUGUUGAGAUGUCCGAGGCAGAUGAAUGGGGGACGCCACAGGAGCAAGCUGCAUUCAUGAAGGAGCUGGAGCGUUUCCAUAGGGAGAAGGCUCUUGAAUUUAAGCCCCCUAAAUUUUAUGGAGAGCCACUAAACUGCCUCAAGUUAUGGAGAGCUGUUAUUAGAUUGGGUGGCUACGAACUGGUGACUUCAUCCAAGUUGUGGCGGCAAGUAGGAGAGUCUUUCCAUCCCCCCAAGACCUGUACAACAGUCUCUUGGACAUUCCGCAUUUUCUAUGAGAAGGCACUUUUGGAAUAUGAGAAGCAUAAGAGGGAAACUGGUGAGCUUCAACUCCCUGGAUCCGUCCCCGUGUCUACAAGAGUUGAAAAGGAGGGAAGUGGCUACCAAGCUCCAGGAUCAGGUAGGGCACGGCGGGAUGCUGCAGCUCGUGCAAUGCAGGGUUGGCACUCCCAGCGACUUCUUGGAUAUGGUGAGGUUGCUGAGCCUAUUAUUAAGGACAAGAACUUAAAUUCUGCACAAAAGCGUGAAAAGAAUCUCAGAAGUAUUGGUUUGCUCAAACACAAAUCACCGACCAGUCUGGAGCAUGGUGAGAAAGCUGCAAUUAUUGAAGCAGAUAAGCAACUGGUCACAACAGUUGUUGAUGUCGGACCCCCAGCUGAUUGGGUGAAGAUUAAUGUGCGGGAAACUAAAGAUUGCUUUGAGGUAUAUGCACUAGUCCCUGGGUUACUGCGUGAGGAGGUGCGAGUUCAAUCAGAUCCAGCUGGACGUUUGGUUAUAACUGGUCAACCAGAGCAGCUUGAUAAUCCUUGGGGUAUCACACCCUUUAAAAAGGUCGUUAGCUUACCUGCGAGAAUUGAUCCACUUCAGACAUCUGCCGUUGUUAGCCUGCAUGGCCGGCUCUUUGUACGUGUCCCUUUUGAGUAACGGUCAAUUUGAAUCUGAUCCUUAUGGCCAGCUAAUCAAUUUUUCUGUGAAGGAAUCAAAUUUAGGGCAUUGAGGCAUGAAGGUUUAGCUUAGAACUAAUUUUCUCUUUGUUAGAUCAGUCCAAAAUACCAAAUUAAAAUUUAAUGCCAGGUUUGGCUAAUUAUUUCCAUGUAAAUUUCUCAUAUUAGUUUUAGAGGACCCAUGAAUUGAUGAAAUCGAAGUAUGUUUAGUUGGUUUA